CAGGGGGCGUGGCUUUCUGCUACAUCCUCUCUGUCAGUGAAACGCGGAAGUGUCAGAAGUCAAAUUAGCACGGAGCAAAUCCCACACGGACUCGAGCACAGUUUCCAAGGUUAACUGAAGUGUCAGAUCAAAAAAACUAACCAUGUGGCCAAAUCAAGGACCUCCCCCUCCAGUGUACUCAUCAAAUCCUGCCUUCCCUCCUGCCUUCAACCCUUCGUAUCCUGCUGGGCCUCGUCCAGGAGUCUUCCCUCAGCCUCCAAACCCAGCGUACCCAGCAUACCAAUACCCAGCUGUUAUGAGCCCAGCUGUAGCCCCAAAUGCACCUCCAGGACCUCAUCCUUAUGGACAUCCAGGACAUCAUCCUUAUGCACCUCCAGGACCCCAUCCUUAUGGACAUCCGGCUCCUCAUCCUUAUGGACCUCCAGGACCUCAUCCUUAUGGAGCUCCAGGACCUCAGCCCUAUCCUAUGGCUCCAGGUGGAUAUCCAGUGGUCCCUCCUGCAGGUGUUUACCCAUGUCCAUACCAACAAACUCCACAAUGGGGUCCCCACAAAGGCCACCACAGAGGCCCCCAGCAUGGCUAUCAUCAUGGAGGUAGGAAUCACUUGAAAGGAGCAUUAGCUGGAGGAUUAACGUCCAUGUUAGUGGGGGGAGUUGGACUAAAAGCCAACAAAAAGAUGAGGAAGAAGAUGAAGAAAGCAAAUAAGUGGCACAAGCAUGGACACUGUGGCAAGUCUUCCAGUAGCAGCAGCAGCAGCAGUGACUAAGACCGAAGUCAACCCUUCAAGACACGGCCUCCACAGAAACUCUCAUAGUCUUACAAUUUAUCAUAAAUGAACCGUUUUUCUGUUCUGAUUUCUGGGAAAGACAUUUUGUCAAAUCUAGUAUGGGCUAUUUAUAGCACUAGAAAUGUAUUUUAUAUACUUUGUUUUGUUUACUUCAAACUUUCUGUAGUUACAUAAACUACUGUGGAAACAUACUGAAAUAUUCUGAAGAGGGAUUGCAGCUAGGGACACAAAUCUUUUAUUAUCGAGAAUCUUGGAUUUUGUACAAAAAAUCGUACAUUUUCUAAGGAAGAUCAACAUAUAGGUGGAGAUGAUAAAGGUUUUUGCCUCAUUCCGAGUUUCGCUGAGGAAUUUUUGACAGAAAACUGUUAAUAUUACAUUUGCAUUACAUCUGUUACAUUAGUCGGUUUGGUUACGUAGCUGAAACUAAACCAAGUUUUGAGUUAUUCUUGGCUACAACUUAGUUUUUUUGUUAGGAUGAAACAAUAAAAGCAAUAAACAACGAUGUUUACACCAGGCCAUUACUUGAACACUGUGAGCCUUUUCAGAAAGGAAAGCUCAAGUUUAAAUAAUAUAAGUAAUGAGGUUCAAUUCCAUCGCACUACUGUUGAGCAGCGUCAUGACUUACUGGGACACAUCAACAUUUUUAAAGCAACAUUAAACAACAACUUUUACCAUCUUCAUAGUAACAGAUGUGUCUGUCCUGCUGUAACCUGUGUCUGUUCUGCUGUUUAAAGACAUUCACCUGAGCCCUGGAACUGACAUGAAUACUGCCAUCAUUAUUUUGGAUUGAUGCAAUGGUUUUCCUUGUCAUGACAUGUAUAUUAUAUUUUAAUGUUGCACAAUGAUUGGUUGGGUUGCGUAGCUGAAUCUAAAUAAACCUGAGUUUCGAGUUA